AUAUAAUUUGACAUUUAAAAGACUGGAAUUGAAUUGUAAAUUGUAUAGUAAAUUCCAAAUAUAAAAUGGAUCCCGAUUUCGACUUUGACUUUACCCAAAAGCCCAUAAGCACUGGCACCACCAUUAUGGCUGUGGAGUUUGACGGAGGAGUCGUGAUUGGAGCGGAUUCCCGCACCAGUGCUGGCGCCUAUGUGACCAAUCGAGUCACCGACAAGCUAACACGCAUCACAGAUAAGAUAUAUUGCUGCCGUAGUGGCUCUGCCGCCGAUACCCAGGCCAUAGCCGACAUUGUGGCCUACUCGCUCAACUACCACGAGAACCGAACUGAUAAGGAGGCUCUCGUCUUAGAGGCCGCUUCUGAGUUUCGCAACUUUUGCUACAAUUAUCGUGAUUCACUGCUCGCCGGCAUCAUCGUGGCCGGAUGGGAUGAACAGAACGGGGGUCAGGUGUACAGCGUUCCGCUGGGGGGUAUGAUGACCCGCGAUCCCUGCACGAUUGGAGGCUCCGGAUCGAGUUUUAUCUACGGCUAUGUGAAAGAGCACCACAAACCCAAUAUGGAGCAGGAAGACUGCGUCGAGUUUGUCAAGAAGGCUGUCCAGCAUGCCAUUUACCGGGAUGGAAGCUCCGGCGGAGUGGUACGUAUCGGCAUAAUCAACAAGGAUGGCUUUGAGCGCCGUUUAUUCUACAACACAGAAAGUGGUGCCCCUAAGAUCUCAGGCACUCGAAGUUUCAUAAUGGAUCAAUUUAUUGAUGCAGCCAAUUAACAUGUGAUAUUGUAACUAAAUAUAAUAUGCUACCAUUCAGUAAACGGGUAUAAUUUUUCAAAUAAACCGCCAUACUAUCGUUCAA